GGUUCAACAUUUUUUAUUUUGUGUCGAUUCUUAUGCUCGUUAUUGUUAUUGAUUCAAUUCAAGCUGCCAAUAAUAAGCGUUUUCAGUCUUCAUCAUUGAGAAGAGAUCAAGAUUUCGAAAAUAUUGGUGGCCGAAAACGAAAUGUUUUUGGAGCCAAUAAUCUUGAAAACCGUCUGGAAGCUAAUUUUGUCGCUGCUAUUGUUUAUGUAGGACCAUGUUGCGAUUAUAAGGAUGUAGCACUCUCAAACCAAUUAAAAGUGCACUGUACUGCCACUGUCAUUAGCCCUAAUUAUAUUCUAACAACAGCAGUUUGUUUAGUACAACAUAUUGCGAAAAAUCCUAGUCAUUUCUAUGUCAUUUUUGAUUUGAAUCCAUUAGAAAAAUGGCGUAACUUUGCUGUAAAUAAUAAUGGAAAUUUUUUGGCUAGGAGAAUUAUCAAUCAUAAGGUUCAUGGAAAAUAUACGACUACUGAUCCGUAUAAAUAUAAUUUGGCUUUGAUACAAUUGGACAAACCAAUAAACUUGACAACACCUAUUGUAGCUGAAACGCCACUUCCAUAUAUCUCACAUUAUCGUCCAUAUUGUAAAGAAUAUAGCGAAGUGGAUUACACCGAUGUAUAUAUGAAUCACUGUUUUUUCUAUGGAUAUGGUCCUAAUCGUUAUGAUAACACCACACAUAGAACCGGAAUACUGAAACGUUUUCAUUUGCCAUUAUUAAAUUCACGCUAUUGUCGAUAUUUUGAUGCAACUUUUGAUCUAAAAUCAAAUCUUUGUGCUGGUCAUAAACGAGUUACAAAUAAGGAUGAAAAAUUUAAAGGAUUUAUUGGAGGCGACUUUGGCGGUCCAUUAGUAUGCACAGUCAUAAAUGUACGAAAUUUUAAAGAUGUUUCUAAACGUUUAGUGGUGGGUAUUGCAUCCAUGAGCGCUUUGGUGACACUUCCUGAUCAUUCAUUAAGAUUGUUCGAUUACUUUUCAAGCACUCGAUUCUUUCGUGAUUGGAUCGAAGAUUUAUCUGAUCGUAAUCGAUUGUAGAAUGUUUUGAAAAUGAGUAUUGGUUAGUAAUUAUUUGUAAAAUUGUGUAUCAAAUGUGAGUAAAUGUACGGAAGUAAAACAAAUUGUUGAAUGAAAUUUUUUUGUAAAAUUCAAUUUUUAAUGUAAAAAAUGG